AUGUCAAAAGCUUUUGACAAAGUUAGCCAUAAACGUCUUCUUCUUCGUCUCCCUGAAUUUGGUUUUGGAGGCAACAUUCUCAACUGGUUCCGCUCCUACCUACAAUAUUGUCGUCAACAAACAGCCAUCCUCGGUGCAACAUCUUUACCUAGUCAAGUAACAUCAGGGGUACCUCACGGCUCCAUUCUCGGACCGGUGUUAUUUUUGUUAUACGAAAAUGAUCUCCCUUCUUCUGUGAAGAAUUCAUCCAUUGCAACAUACGCUGAUGACACCAAAAUCUUCAAAGAAACCCAUAAUAUCGGUGAUGCUGCAUCGUUACAGGAGGACCUGAGUAGUUUUGAAUCAAGUUCUUCAGAUAUGGGUCUUCACUUAAACACUUCCAAAUGUAAAGCUUUGCGGGUCACCAGAAAACAUCGCCAGAUCAAGUAUCCAUACACCUUACAAGAUAGCAUGUUAGAAAACGUUGAAAAUGAGCGUGAUCUCGGCGUAUGGAUAUCAAACAAUUUUACCUGGCGCAAACAGGUAUUGGAACAAUGCUCAAAAGCAAAUAAAAUGUUGGGUUUCAUCAAAAGAUCAACAAGAACAAUCAAGAACUGUAAAGCCCGUCGGACGCUAUAUAUAACACUUGUUCGAUCGCAAAUGGGAUAUGCUACACAAGUUUGGUCUCCGCAAACCAUCGACCUCAUCGCUCGCUUAGAACGCGUACAAAGACGUGCUUCCAAAUACAUUUUAG